AUGCAGAAGAAGAGAUUGAGAGAAGAAGAAGAACCGUGUUCCUUUACCUUUCUCAUUCAUUCCAGAAACACAUAGCAAUCUCACCAAGUUUCGAACUUGGAUGCAGAAACGCAAUCAUGUCCUACCAUGACCUAUACCCUUUUGACCAAUUGGCGGAAGAAGAUUUCUUCGACGAGAUUGAUGACCAAAACUACGGUGGGGGUGUUGCCGAUGUUGGUCUUGAUGAAUAUGAGAUGCUUACUAAGGUGACUGAUACAUCAGCUGCACAAGCUAGGAAGGGGAAGGAUAUUCAGGGUAUUCCAUGGGAGAGCUUGAACAUAACCAGAGGAAGUUACAGAUUGACAAGGCUUGAGCAGUAUAGGAAUUUUGAGAACAUUCUUACAUCUGGGGAAGCUGUUGACAAGGAAUUGAAACAAAUGGAGAAGGGUGGAAAAUACUUUGAUUUCUCCUACAAUACAAGAAUGGUUAAGCCUACCAUCCUUCAUUUUCAGCUGAGGAACUUAGUAUGGGCUACUUCAAAACAUGAUGUCUACCUUAUCUCCAACUACUCAGUUAUGCACUGGUCAUCAUUAAGUGGCAAUUUGUCUGAGAUAAUCAAUUUUGCUGGUCAUGUAGCCCCUACUGAGAGACAUGCUGGAAGUCAGUUGGAGGGAUUUUCGCAGACCCAGAUUAGCACAUUGGCUGUCAAGGAUAAUUUUCUUGUCGCUGGUGGCUUCCAAGGAGAGCUUACUUGCAAGCGUUUGGAUAAGAAGGGAGUAAGCUUUUGUACACGGACCACACAUGAUGAUAAUGCUAUAACAAAUGCAGUUGAAAUAUAUGACAGCUUGAGUGGCGCACCUCAUUUUAUAGCUGCCAAUAAUGAUUGUGGUGUGAGGGAAUAUGACAUAGAAAGCUUUCAGCUUUUAAAUCACGUACAGUUCCCUUGGCCAGUGAAUCACACAUCAAUCAGUCCAGAUCGUAAGCUAAUGACUGUUGUUGGAGAUCAUCUGGAUGGACUACUAGUGGAUCCUCAAAACGGGAAGACUGUGGCCACUAUGGUUGGUCAUCAAGAUUACUCUUUUGCAUCUGCAUGGCAUCCUGCUGGACUCACCUUUGCCACAGGGAAUCAGGACAAGACUUGCAGAGUAUGGGACGUUCGACGCUUAUCGACCCCGGUUGCCGUUCUCAAGGGUAACCUCGGGGCAACGCGGUCGAUUCGGUUUUCUUCAGAUGGUCAAUUCAUGGUUGUUGCUGAACCUGCAGAUUUUGUGCAUGUUUAUAGUACAAAAGCAGAUUACCAAAAACGUCAAGAGAUUGAUUUCUUUGGUGAAAUUUCUGGGGUCUCUCUGAGUCCUGAUGAUGAGUGUAUAUAUAUAGGAAUCUGGGACAGGACUUAUGCAAGCUUACUACAGUAUAAUAGGAGGCACUCAAAUGAGUAUCUGGAUUCCUACUAUUGAUCUUGAUGUUAACUUGUGGUGUAUAAUACUUGGGAUUUGCCGUACCAGACCUGUGGCCCAGGUUUGCCCGCAGUGUACACAUAGGGAACUUCCUCGCCUCCGCAAGCGAGAGUACUUUACCUCCCAAGACUCAAUCCCAGGACCAGGACCUGCGGGCCAAGUACCUAGGGUACGCAAGUCUUGUUUUAGCAAUAUCAUUGAUGUUACCUUAUAGAGCAUUGUGGGAUUCUUGCUAGUUGUUGUCCCUUCACUUUUGGUAGUGUGUUUUAUGUAGGUCAUUCUGAUUGAUCAAAGAUCCUUAGCAUCAUAGGUCAUUUCUAGUUUUCUACAAAGCAAUCAGGCUUCAUCUGCAUUGUAUUUUCUGAACUUCUGAUGUGAAUGCCACCACCAGAAAUCAGAAAUUGCUUUGUUAACAUAGUUUUGUCGUAUAUUGUCUUCUCUUCAUGGCUGCAUUCUGCAAUGCACAUAGUUUUGUUAGCAUUUAUUUGGAAGAUAAAUGGUGCUUCAGCUGAGAAACUUCUAAGAUGUAACCUUGCCUUGACAUUGACUUCAGAAUUCAGAUUUAUUUCUUUUUCCAGAUAUUAUGUACAUCAGCUGUCAAACUUGUUACUUGUGCAA